UAUAAUUUCAUUUAACGUUUCAAAUCACCUGAUGUUCUCAUUGAAUUCAUGUAAGAAAUGAGAUUGUUUUGCUGAGAAAAUAAUAAAUGAUAAAAAUUGCACCUAAAUCUGUAAAUGAUCUUAAAUUACAAAUAAUAGGCCUACAUCUUAAAAAAAGUAUGCCUAGGUCUAAAACUGUAAAUAGUUUUAAUCAUGUAAUAUAAGCCAGGAUAUCAGUAUGAGUGAAAAAACCCACCUCUUUUGGUACAGUAUGAAAGGCAUUACAGUAUAAUAAUUAAAAAAAAAAACUAAUAAAACUAGGUUAAUACUUUGUCAGAUAUGAAACACAGUGGGCGGCACCUUCUGCAAUUCACUUGCAACCAGUGUCAUGUGACCACUAUAUACAGCCAAUAGGGCGCAGCCUGGUCCCCCUACAUGUUAAAUGUCAGAUUUGCUAUAAACUUUAAACUCUUAGUCUGGCCCGCCAAAAUGGGCGAGCAUAAUCUUCUUAAUCCCGGGUUUGUUGGACAAUUCGUUAACAUUCAUACAAGAGAUGCAUGUUAUCUCUCCAAUGUUCGUGCGUCGGGGGGACCGCUAGCGGGUUUAGGACAUACCCUCCGCUUCUCAGGAAGGGACAAUGUCUGCUCUUUGCCUUGGAACCCAACGAAACCAUGCACUGGAUACCCACAAUCUUAUGUUAGCGGCCCCGUUUCCAUAAACACCACAUACAAUCAAUCAUGCGACAUUCCUCUGCAGGAAGACAACAAAUGUUUUUAUAGUGAGAGUGCACGCGCCACCAGCGGUGGUGGUGACAAUAACAGCACCAAUCUUAAAUCAAACGAGAAAGCACGGGAAAACUCAUCAGUAUCCACUUCUGCAGAGAACGGACUGAAGAAUGUGAACGGAGUGGACAACAGAGGAAGUUAUUCCAAAUAUGACUACUUAACAACUGCCGAAUAUUUAACCCCAAAUCCUCCAUCGUUUCGGUCACUUGAAUCAGAUUCUGGUUCUUCAAUCCUUAACGAGGGGGCCAAGACCCCAUCAGACAUCACGCAUUCACUAACAUCCCCUGACAUCCACGCAAGUGUUACCGCCCUGAACGGAGGUGCGCUGUGGUACCCAAUUCUCACACGCACCCGAAAGAAGCGUAAACCCUAUUCAAAACUUCAACUGAACGAAUUAGAGGGUGAGUUUAUCCUCAAUGAGUUCAUCACUAGACAGCGGAGGAGGGAACUGUCUGACCAGCUAAAUCUCACGGACCAACAGGUGAAAAUCUGGUUCCAGAAUCGUCGCAUGAAGAAGAAAAGGCUCUUGAUGCGGGAACAGGCAUUGUAUUACUUUUAG